AUGUCCUCAUUGAACAUUGAAAACAAGAAAGCUCAUAAAAAUUCAUACCAAAUACCUCCCAACGCAAGCGAACAUCAGCGACUCAAUCGACAGCAUGAACUCAUACAAGAGAUGAUGUUCGGCGAAGUCUUCCAUUCCCCUGUACAACACCCAAUCCGAAUUCUCGAUGUGGGCUGCGGCACCGGCGCCGUCACCUACCAUCUUGGCACCAGAUUCCCCUCCGCCCAAAUCUACGGCGUGGACCUUGCCACUAUUCCUCUUGACCCGAAAAAACCAGAUAAUGUAACUUUCGUGCAAGGAGAUUACCAUGACCUCCUCGGCUCCGAAGAACCGCACAUCAUUCCAGGCAGCAUGGACUUUGUCUUCAGCCGUCUGCUAAUCUCCGGCAUGACAAGCUGGCCCUCAUACAUCCUUACCUGUCACACCCUCCUCAAACCCAAUGGCUGGCUCGAGAUCCAAGAAACAGAAUUCCCUUACUACGACGACUCUGGCAUCAUAAGCAGCGAUUGGAAAUGGUGCCAUGCUUACCAGGCCGGCGCGAGAGCUAAAGGCCUCGAUCUAUCCUGCGCUAUCAAAGCGGCGGCCUGGAUGCGCGAGUCGGGGUUCGAUGAUGUGCAUGUCAUCAUGUAUUGCUGGCCGCACGGGGAGCGGAUGGCUGACAGGGGCCAUGAGGAGUAUCGGAAUCUUGGGGUUUUUUUGAGAACGGAGCAGCCGAAGCUGUAUCAGGCUAUUUUGCCGAAUAUGGUGAGUGGAAUGGGUUAUAGUGAGGAGGAGAUAAGGGAGUUGCAGAGGGAUGUGCUGGAAACGUUGAAGGUGGAGGAGGGGAAGCAUAAGAACUACUGGGUUACGUUUGGGAGGAAGCCGAAUUGA